AAGUUAACUGGAAUUGAUUUAUAAGUGAGGAAUCUGUAUUAAAUGGAUGCUCUCUUCAUCUUGCUACAGUGGAAAACUGAAUUAUCAAUCGAAUGUAGCCUGAUAAAUAGGACUCUGUGAAGAUGCUGCAUCAGCAAGAAUGAAAUCACUGGAAGAUACUUACCAUACAAAGAGCCUUUUGGGUGUUCCCAGACUUAUUUGAUUUUUGAUUUUUGUGGUCCCUGCAAAAAACCCUCCUUUCUGCCUUGCUGGAUACAAAUAGCAUUGUUUUAACCAUAGAUCUACAACUGAUGUGGGACCAUGGCUUUCCCAAUAUCUGUGUGGCUGAACUGUGUGUGGAGAGCAACACUAUCUCGCUCGUUGCACAUGGGAUUGGAUGUCACAUUUACUUUUUGCAUACUUGGGUUCUUGAUUCACAUGGCUGCUGUGUCAUCCCAAAAGUUGGACGAUACUGACCCAGUGGUGACCACCAACUUUGGAAAGCUGAGAGGGAUAAAGAAGGAGUUGAACAAUGAAAUUUUGGGGCCAGUUAUUCAGUUUCUUGGAGUUCCUUAUGCUGCCCCACCUAUUGGGGAACACCGAUUUCAACCUCCUGAGCCACCAUCUCCAUGGCCAGACAUCAAAAACGCAACACAGUUUGCGCCAGUGUGUCCUCAAAACAUCAUCGAGGGCAGAUUACCGGAAGUCAUGCUUCCUGUCUGGUUUACUAAUAACUUGGAUAUAGUUUCUACUUUUGUACAAGAUCAGAAUGAAGACUGCCUCUAUUUGAAUAUCUAUGUCCCAACUGAAGAUGGUCCCCUAACAAAGAAACAGACAGAUGAUUUAGGUGCUAACGGAGGUGCAGAAGAUGAAGACAUUCGAGAUAGUGGGGGACCCAAACCAGUCAUGGUGUAUAUUCAUGGAGGGUCUUACAUGGAAGGCACUGGAAAUUUAUAUGAUGGCAGUGUGCUCGCAAGUUAUGGCAAUGUGAUAGUCAUCACCGUCAACUACCGACUUGGGGUACUUGGUUUCUUGAGCACUGGGGAUCAAGCAGCUAAAGGGAAUUAUGGCCUUCUUGAUCUCAUUCAGGCCUUGAGAUGGACUAGUGAAAACAUUGGGUUCUUUGGGGGCGACCCGCUGAGAAUAACUGUUUUUGGAUCUGGCGCCGGCGGUUCAUGUGUCAAUCUCUUGACUUUAUCCCAUUAUUCUGAAGGUAACCGUUGGAGCAAUUCAACCAAAGGACUUUUCCAAAGAGCAAUAGCUCAAAGUGGAACGGCUCUUUCCAGCUGGGCAGUCAGUUUUCAGCCUGCAAAAUAUGCCAGGAUGUUGGCAACAAAAGUUGGUUGCAAUGUAUCGGAUACAGUAGAAUUAGUAGAAUGUCUACAGAAGAAGCCGUAUAGAGAACUUGUGGAUCAGGAUAUUCAACCGGCCCGAUACCACAUAGCCUUUGGUCCAGUUAUUGAUGGAGAUGUGAUACCAGAUGACCCUCAGAUACUGAUGGAACAAGGAGAAUUCCUCAAUUAUGACAUUAUGUUGGGUGUUAACCAAGGAGAAGGGCUUAAGUUUGUGGAAAACAUUGUUGACAGUGAAGAUGGCAUAUCUGCUAGUGAUUUUGACUUUGCUGUGUCCAACUUUGUUGAUAACUUAUAUGGGUAUCCUGAGGGCAAAGACAUCCUGAGAGAAACUAUUAAAUUUAUGUACACAGACUGGGCAGAUAGACAUAAUCCUGAAACAAGAAGAAAAACACUCUUGGCUUUAUUUACUGACCAUCAGUGGGUUGCACCAGCAGUGGCUACAGCUGAUCUUCAUUCAAAUUUUGGAUCGCCUACAUAUUUUUAUGCCUUCUACCAUCAUUGCCAGACAGAUCAGGUACCUGCAUGGGCAGAUGCUGCUCAUGGAGAUGAAGUUCCUUAUGUAUUAGGAAUUCCCAUGAUUGGUCCUACUGAAUUGUUUCCUUGUAAUUUUUCCAAAAAUGACAUCAUGCUAAGUGCAGUGGUGAUGACAUAUUGGACAAACUUUGCAAAGACUGGGGAUCCAAACCAACCAGUCCCACAGGAUACCAAGUUCAUCCACACAAAGCCUAAUCGUUUUGAGGAGGUAGCAUGGACAAGAUACUCUCAAAAAGAUCAACUUUAUCUUCACAUUGGAUUAAAACCACGAGUGAAAGAACAUUACAGAGCUAACAAGGUGAACCUAUGGUUGGAACUAGUACCUCACCUGCACAAUCUUAAUGACAUUUCACAGUAUACCUCGACAACAACUAAAGUGCCAUCAACUGAUAUUACUUUCAGGCCAACCCGGAAAAAUUUGGUACCCGUAACAUCAGCUUUUCCUACAGCCAAGCAAGAUGAUCCCAAACAACCACCAAGUCUAAUUUCAGGAGAUCAAAGAGACUAUUCCACGGAGUUGAGCGUUACUAUUGCCGUGGGGGCAUCCUUGCUGUUCUUGAACAUUUUAGCCUUUGCAGCAUUAUACUACAAAAAGGACAAGCGGAGACAUGACGUCCACCGGAGAUGUAGCCCACAGCGUACAACUGCCAAUGAUCUCACCCAUGCACAAGAAGAGGAAAUAAUGUCUCUCCAAAUGAAGCACAGUGACUUGGGUCAUGAAUGUGAAUCCAUUCAUCCGCAUGAGGUGGUUCUUAGGACCGCCUGCCCCCCAGACUACACACUAGCUAUGAGAAGGUCACCUGAUGAUAUUCCUUUAAUGACCCCCAACACGAUUACAAUGAUUCCAAACACUAUACCUGGGAUUCAACCCUUACACACAUUUAAUACAUUUACUGGUGGACAGAAUAACACUCUGCCCCAUCCACAUCCUCAUUCACAUUCAACAACUAGGGUAUAGCCAAACAAGAUGAUAUGAACUUUUAUUUUGGGGGUGGAUUAGAGUGGGUUAUAAUUGCUGAAGACUUAACUUGGCUUUCAACCUACAAGACUCUUAUUAUUUAAAUUUGGAGGAAUAUUAUGUGAAUAUACAUAUCAAGAACUUCAGGGAGUUGGGGAAAAAUGAAUUGUACAUAUAUACAAAUGAACUUAAAAAAAAAAAAAAGAAAGCAUAACUUUAGCAAUUGCUUGAAGCAAUUGUCCUGAAUGAUACUUUUUACAUUCACAUUCAACAAUUAAUUUUUUUGAAGAUUUAAGUUACAUGAUGGAAUUAGGCAUGUGCAACACAGGAGUGGGAGAGAAACUACUACUGAAUUUUUUUUAAAAAAAAUCUAUAAAUAUGCACAAGGGACACAUUAAUGGAAUGUCACAUCAUUUGCACCAGUUUUUAUUUGGAAUUGUUUUCUUGUGUAGACCAUAUUUACAUCUUUGGAUCAGUAUCCAAAGCAUCAAUGCUGUUAAAGGCCUUAGAAACAGGCUCAUGUGCUGAGAUCUGCCAGUAAAAAAGGUAACCAUGUUCUGGAAACCUGGCAGCUUCAAGAUUAUCACACAAGUGCUGUCAGUAAUAAACAUUGUGGGAAUAAAGGAACUGAAUAUUUUUCGCACAACGUGCAUGAUAAUUUAUUAUGCUUGGUGGGUGUGCUGCUGAUUAAGCUGUCAUUAAAAUCUUUCUCAUCCCAUUGGAGUGUCCAACAGAAACUUAUUUCCUUGAUUGGCCUAAUUGAAGGAAGGUUUGUUUUCCGGAAAGAAAAAAAAUGUAAUUAAACCCCUGCCUUCCAGUAACAGAAGGCCCUGCAGUAGUUUUUACAGAGGCUUGAUGGGACAAGUCAGUCUUUCCCAACCUAAUGUCCUCCAGAUGCAUUGGGUUUAUUUGUGGUGAGUAAUAAGGUCCAAGACAUCUGAUGGGCAACACAUUGAGGAAAUCUGCACUAAGGGCUCAGCAGUGAACAAAUGAAAAGUAAAUGCGACAGUAAAAAAUAAUAUUCUCUCCCCACUCCACCACCACCACCACGCAAUUAAGUUACAACAUUAAUAGGGUAUCUUUUGAUGAAGCAUUUCCCAUUUUAGUCUAGUUUCAUCACAAUCUCUUCCACUUAUAUCAGUGAUAUUUCAGUAAACAGAACAACAACAAAAAAGAGCAAACAAGGUUCCAAGAUUUAUUUGCUAGGAAUAUGUUGCAAGAAGUAAAAGUGCCCUUCCCGAAGAUGAUCACAACAAACACAGCUUUCACUUAUUCAUAGGGCCAGUUAUAUUGCAUGAGAACAAAUUCACACAAUUUCCAAAUUACUCCCCUUUUUGCUCUGUGUAUUGUCAGUGUAUCACAGAGUGCCCUGCAAAGGAGAUUCCUGUACGAUAUUGAUAGUGUGACUGGAAUAAUGUCACCAUCUGGAAAUGUUUAAUUCUGCAUCUUGUUUAAUAUUGUCUGGAUCUGGAAAAAAAAAAAAAAAGAGUCUAAAAUGACAGGAUGAUCUUUGUCCCUUUGCCCUUCCCUCCCAGUUACUUUUCAAUUUUUUAAAAAAAUGGUCUGUCAUGGUCAUUAAAAAUAAAAAAAAAUAAAAAGUUUGUAUGUGUAAUCAUACAUUUAUAUAUUAAAAAAAGAGGAAAAAAAAUUAAGAUGGACUAAAGAGCACAGCCCUGGUGAAUACAUUUUCUCUUUUCCUGUAUUAUAUUUCUAUUAGAGUACAGUUAUGUGAUUUUUAUUUUAUUUUGCAUUUUUUCAAAUGACUAGCAAUUUUGAUAGUUUGUAAGAUAACGCGCAGAACUUUCUCUGACAAACUAACUGCAGUAACAGAAAUGUUUCUUUUCAGUUACUCUUUUUCAAGAUUGAAAGCUUAUUACACAUACAACAAAUUGUAUACAACUUGAUGGGGACAAUUCUUUGUACUUCUGGGCCACUAAUGUUGGCUCUACUGAGUGAAAAAUAAAAGCUAAUCUGAAUAAUGAACAUUAUAAUUAUUCCAAUACUGAGACCUGGUAUCUGCUCAUUAAAGAGCUCAAGUGUUUAUUGCUGUUUUGUCAUUUUUUAAAAAAUGAAGUAAUGGUAACUGUCUCAGAAUAAAGAGUUAUUUCUUGAGACCAAUCUGGCUUUUGAAGACUUUUGUAUGCUUCUACGAGUUCAAAUAUAUUUAUAUAGAUCUCAGCCUAUAUUUGGAUUCAGUUCUCUUUGGAAAAUGUUCAGUUUUUGAAUGCAUAACUCAUUAGCUACAAUCUGUUGUACACUUACAGGGUAGGAUCUAUCACUGAACAUCACAAGACUUUUGUAUAGGAUUGGGCUCCUUGAUUUCCAAAUAGCAUUUAC